UUAUCUCUACUGGAUCCCUGUCAGCAAGGGGAGGAGGAGGUGAAGAGCAGUGACCUGAGUGUAGCGAACAGUGUUAUCCUCUUGCGUCAGGAUUAUUUCAUUUCUGAGGGGAAGUUAGAAGCUGAAACAGCAAUAAAAGCAGCAAUUUCUGCUUCAUCUUCCAGAGCAGCGUAGGCAGGCAUUCAUACCAUGACACUCCACUGCAUGCAUCUUUUUCUCUUGCUUCUGCUCAGUUCAUGGUGGCCGGACUCGGAGAAGCACGUGGUGGGAGCUGUGAAGGUCAGGGAGCAUUAUAUAGCUGCUCAGUUCACUGUUUGGACCUACAAACCGGAGUCUGAGGAAAAGUCCAGAUUGAUACAUUUGGAUCCUGUGUUUAAGAAAAUUUCUUACAGAGAAUAUGAAGUAGAUUUUAAAAAAGAAAAGCCAGCAGAUAAGUCUACAGGACUCCUUGGGCCAACCCUGCGUGCCGAAGUGGGAGAUACUUUAAUAGUUCACUUUAAGAAUUUGGCUGACAAACCCAUCAGUAUUCAUCCCCAAGGCUUAGUUUACAACAAAAAGGCAGAAGGUUCUCUGUAUGAGGACAGAACAACAUCUGUAGAAAAACAAGACGAUGCUGUGCUUCCAGGCCAGGUCUACACAUAUGUGUGGGAUAUAACAGAAGAAGUUGGUCCAAGAGAAGCUGACCUUCCUUGUCUUACUUAUGCGUAUUAUUCUCAUGAGAACAUGGUAACGGAUUUUAACUCUGGUCUGAUUGGAGCACUGCUUAUCUGCAAGAAAGGAAGCCUAAAUGAGGAUGGGUCACAGAAACUUUUUGACAAGGAAUAUAUACUAAUGUUUGGUGUGUUUGAUGAAAACAAGAGUUGGCAAAGAUCAACAUCACUUAAAUACACAAUUAAUGGGUAUGCCAAUGGAACGUUACCAGAUUUAGAGGCUUGUAUGUAUGACAACAUUAGCUGGCAUUUGAUAGGAAUGAGUUCUAAGCCAGAAAUUUUCUCCAUUCAUAUAAAUGGCCAGGUCAUGGAGCAAAGACAUCACCGAAUUUCUACUGUAAACCUAGUGGGAGGAGCAUCAACCACAGUGAACAUGACAGUGAGCGAGGAAGGAAGGUGGCUGAUAUCUUCUCUUGUCCAAAAGCACUUGAAAGCUGGAAUGCAUGGUUACCUUACUGUAAGAGACUGUGGAGACAGACAGGUGAAGAAGAGUCGUCUGUCCCUUAAGGAACGUCGCAUGAUCAAAAACUGGGAAUAUUUCAUUGCUGCAGAAGAAGUCGUUUGGGAUUAUGCCCCAACUAUUCCAGACAGCCUUGAUAAACACUAUAAAGCUCAACAUUUGGACAACUAUUCAAAUCUAAUAGGUAAAAAAUAUAAAAAGGCUAUUUUUAGACAAUAUACUGAUGGCAGCUUCACCAAACGUCUGGAAAAUCCUCGUCCCAAGGAAACUGGCAUUUUGGGUCCAGUUAUAAGAGCUCAAAUCAAUGAUAAAGUUAAAAUUGUAUUCAAAAAUAAGGCUAGCAGACCCUACAGUAUGUACUUCCAUGGAGUGACACUUUCAAAGGAUGCAGAAGGAGCUAAUUAUCCACAGGAUCCCACAGGCAAUGCCACCCAGAGUAAAGGAAUUCAACCAGGGAAGACCUACACAUAUGAAUGGCAAAUUGCUAAAACAGAUCAACCCACUGCACAGGAUGCACAAUGCAUAACCCGGCUGUAUCAUAGUGCUGUAGAUAUUGAGAAAGAUAUAGCCUCUGGACUGAUUGGCCCACUUCUGAUCUGUAAAAGUGAAGCACUUUCUCAGAAGGGUGUGCAGAAAAAGGCAGAUGGGGAGCAGCAUGCAAUGUUUGCUGUGUUUGAUGAAAAUAAGAGCUGGUACAUAGAAGACAAUAUCAAGGAGUACUGCAGUAACCCUGCCUCUGUUAGAAGGGAUGACCUCAAGUUCUAUAACUCAAACAUAAUGCACACAAUAAAUGGCUAUGUGACUGACAGAAAUGAAAUCCUUGGAUUUUGCCAAGAUAAUGUUGUUCAGUGGCACUUCUCCAGCGUUGGCACUCAGGACGAGAUUGUCUCUAUUCGCCUUUCUGGGCAUGCUUUCUUGUAUAGAGGAAAAUACGAAGAUGUGUUGAACCUUUUCCCAAUGAGUGGAGAAUCAGUCACCGUGGAAAUGGACAAUAUUGGCACUUGGCUUUUAGCAUCCUGGGGUUCCACAGAAAUGAGUUACGGCAUGAGAGUGAGAUUCAGAGAUGUCAGAUGUGACUAUGAGGAUGAUAGCUUGUUUGAUAUUGUGGAUUUCACAAACACCAAAACUGAUAAAAAGGCUCUUUCCACCUCAGUUGAAGAAGAUGUGGGAGAAGAAGUAGAUGAAGAUGAUUCAGAAUAUCAGGAUCUGCUGGCUUCUUUUUACUCCAUCCGAAGCUUAAGAAAUGCAGGAGAAACUGAAGAAACUCAAAACCUUACAGCAUUGGCCUGGGGACAAUCUGAAGACAUUAAUACUGCAAGUUCUAAGGUGGUUGUUGACUCAGAUCUGACAGUUACCAAUGAUAGUAAAUUGACAGAGUUCUUAGAAGCUCGUACUGCUCCUCCUCUCCAAACUGAGACUGAAACAUUCCAGUCAAAUACAUCGGUCACAGCAGAAGAGUACUUACUUUUAGCUAGUGCAAGUGAUGGAAAGCCUAACUUAAUUUUUGAGAAUAGAAGCAGAAGCGGUUAUGCAGAAAAUCACAGUAAUAUGUCUGGAGGUGAGCACUUCCUGAGCAAUGGAGAAGCCCAGGUGAAAGAUGCAGAAGAGCCUCUGACUGAUAGAAAGGACAAAUUCUUUACUGAAGAGCAUCAAGAAGAAAGCACAGGGAAAAGAAAUAACAGCAUUAAUAGCAAAAGAAAAAAGCGAAGCUCGGUGGCCAUUAAAUUUUACUCUGUCCAAAAGAUGAAAGCUCUUCUAAAUCAUGUAAGAAAAAAUGUCUCAUUUUCUGACAAGACAAAUACACCUAAUUCUAUGCAGCAUACAGAGAACACAUCCAGCACAGCCACAGUGGCAGAUGACCAGCAUCCAAGUGAUUAUGAUGAUGAUCUGGAAGAGGAAGAAACAAAGGGGGGCAAUGCCAUGCAUGCAGGUAAUUUGACAGUUGAGUUGGAAGUCACUGUAGAAGAAAAUGCGUCUAAUGCAUCCAGCCUCUCUCAACUUGAGCUAUCCAAAGAUAAACAAACAGAUUUGUUUUCUUUAGAUCAUACAUUGGGCAAUAUAAGACCUAACUCAAGCCCUGCAUUAGUGAAGAAUUUUCUGGAAGCAUCGUUGCCCAGGACUGUGAAGUACUCAUCUAAAAUGACAGAUGAGGAAUGGAAUUUGGUGUCUGCAAAGGGAAUUCAGAGACUAGAGGCAAACUUAGACAAAUCUAUUAGUGGUAAGUUGAAUUAUGGAGGCAGAAAUGGUACAAUAUUCCUAAAUAAGAAGCAUAUGAAGAAGGAUGGAGGAUUCUCACAUCUAAAGGGAGAAAAACAUAAAGGUAACCACAAGCGCCCACCUCUGAAAAGAAAGGAAGGAAACAAGAAUGAUACUUUGAGUACAUCUGGAACCUUUGUCAAGAUCCGAAGGAAAAAAAAGGAAUAUCCAAAAACUACUCAAUUUUUGAACCCAAGGAGUAAAAAGCCCCAGAAAUUCACCAAACCUACUGAAGAGCUUGGCCGCACAUUGUUUCCAGGUGGGGCCAACCACGUAACACUGCCGUGUUGCACUAACACCACAGAGUCACCCAGUAAGUCCAGCCACAGAGAAUUGCCAGGUGAUACACAGCAGCUUAAGCCAUCUAUCGUCAUUGGGCUUCCCCAUGAAAAUGGAAACUAUGAAUACACUUCAGGAGAAUAUUACAGCGAGGGUACAUCAGGUGAUGAAUAUGAAUACUAUUAUGUGAGCUUUGAUGAUCCAUACAUGACAGACCCAAAACUGAAUGUUAAUGAACAGCGUAACCCAGAAAACAUUGCUGAACAUUACCUGCGUAGCAGAGGGAAUGAGAGGAGAUACUACAUUGCAGCUAAGGAAGUCUGCUGGAACUACGCAGGACUUAAAAAAAGUACGAUGAUGUAUGACAAAAUAUGUAAAGAUGGCAGCACAAAAAAGGUAAUUUUUCAAAGGUACACAGACAGUACCUUUACAAUUCUUCAGGAUGAAGGCGAGUAUGAAGAACAUCUUGGCAUCCUGGGACCAGUUAUCCGGGCAGAAGUGAAUGAUGUAAUCCUGGUUCAUUUUAAGAAUCUGGCAUCCAGACCAUAUUCCCUCCAUGCCCAUGGACUUUUUUAUGAAAAGUCUUCUGAGGGAAGCAUUUAUGAUGAUGAGUCUAGUGAUUGGUUUAAAGAAGAUGAUAAAGUUCAGCCAAAUAGCAGCUAUAUAUAUGUAUGGUAUGCAAACAGGCGAUCAGGACCACUGCAGCCAGGAGCAGCUUGUCGUUCCUGGGUCUACUACUCCGAUGUAAAUCUGGAGAAAGAUACGCACUCGGGUUUGAUUGGGCCAAUACUUAUCUGUGAAAAAGGAACCUUCAGUGCACCAGAGAACAACGGAACAAACACUCGAGACUUUUUCUUGCUUUUUAUGGUCUUUGAUGAAGAAAAAAGCUGGUACUUUGACAAACGCUCUAGAAAGCCUUGUACUGAGAAGACCCGAGAAAUGCAACAAUGCCACAAAUUCUAUGCCAUUAAUGGGAUUACCUACAAUUUGCAAGGCCUGAGGAUGUAUGAAGGUGAACUCGUCCGAUGGCAUUUGCUUAAUAUGGGUGUGCCAAAAGACAUUCAUGUUGUUCAUUUUCAUGGACAGACAUUCACAGAACAACUAGAGCUCAUGAAGUUUCAGCAUGGUACAUACACACUCCUUCCAGGCUCAUUUCAGACAGUUGAAAUGAAACCACAGAGACCUGGCUGGUGGCUUUUAGACACUGAAGUGGGGGAAUAUCAGCAAGCAGGAAUGCAGGCAUCCUUUUUGGUUCUGGAGAAAGAGUGCAAGAUUCCAAUGGGUAUGGCAAGUGGAGUUAUACUUGAUUCGCAAAUCAACGCUUCACAUCAUAUAGAUUACUGGGAACCUAAGCUAGCCCGAUUAAACAAUUCUGGAACAUAUAAUGCUUGGAGUACAGCAAUGACAAAUGAUCUUCCUUGGAUUCAGGUAGACUUUCAAAGACAAGUUCUAUUAACUGGAAUACAGACGCAAGGUGCCAGGCAUUUUUUGAAGUCCUUCUAUGUCCAGAAGUUCUUUAUUGUUUACAGCAGAGACAAACGAAAGUGGAACACUUUCAGAGGAGACAGCUCUCCAGCAGAAAAGAUUUUUGAAGGUAAUUCUGAUGCCUAUAGUAUAAAAGAGAACGUCAUUGAUCCCCCUAUUAUUGCAAGAUAUAUCAGAGUCUACCCAACACAGGCCUACAAUGAACCAACUCUUCGCAUGGAGCUCCUUGGCUGUGAAGUAGAUGGUUGCUCUUUGCCACUUGGAAUGGAAAGUGGAAAGAUCAAGAAUACUCAGAUAACAGCCUCAUCUGUUAAGACAUCCUGGUUUAGCACCUGGGAGCCUUCCCUCGCCCGUCUCAAUCAGAAAGGAAAGAUAAAUGCCUGGCGAGCCAAGUCAAACAACAACCAACAGUGGCUGCAAAUUGAUCUCCUCACAAUUAAGAAGAUAACUGCUGUUGCUACCCAGGGGGUCAAGUCUGUAUCAGCUGAAAACUUUGUGAAAACCUAUGUUAUUCUCUACAGCAACCAAGGCUCGGAGUGGAAAUCCUAUACAGAGGGUUCAAACUCAGUGGCAAAGGUUUUCUCUGGUAAUGAAAACAGCAAUGGGCACGUCAAGCAUUUCUUCAACCCACCUAUCCUGUCCAGGUUUAUCCGCAUUGUUCCAAAAACAUGGUAUAAUGGUAUUGCCCUUCGGGUGGAACUUUUUGGCUGUGAUUUUGGUGGGGAUCUGACUGCAAAAAGAACUGAGAAGUCUGGGACUUAACCUUUCUGCAAUCAUCACACAGAGAAACUUCUUAAAAAACAACAAAAAAAAAAACCCACAAAACCCAAACUCUUAAAGCGAUUGUACUUAAUAGUUUAGAUGUGUGCUUCAUCAAAGGACCUAAUGUGUUGCUAACAAGAAUCAAGAGAGGAUUCUUUGGCAGGCAUCCCAUUCCUAUAAAUACACACUUCAGAAAGAAGCUUCUUUUCUGUGGAAAUAAAUAGCGGUCCCUUCUAUUUUAUAUAUUGCUUCUUCAUCUUAGCGAGUAGACUGUCUUGCUUUGUACUUAAUUUUAUAUCCUUAAAUAUAAAUACAAUUGCAAUACUUCUGCAACAGAGGGGAAUAAUAGAAAGCUAUUGGUGUACAUUCUCCACGUGUAGGGCUGAGAGGGAAAACCAGUGCAGACAUGGAGCUGCACUCCAGCAAUGCAUUGGUAAGAAGUUAUUGUAGAGGAUGAGCUCACCUCCACAUCAUCUACGCUCUGACAAAGGUAGAAAGCAUCCCAGCAUCAAGGCAUAUGUAUCCUCUCUUCUUUGAGAAUGGGAUUCACAUUUUUGAUUUGGUUCUUACACAGCAAGCACACUGGAAAUGCUAUGGAUUUUAGAUAACAUUUUAUCUUCAGUGCCCCGGAAUGGGGAGGGAUAGCCAGCAAUAUCUAUUGCCCAGAAAUGAGAAGGAAAGUGUAUGUGCAUUUCUCACAGGAUGGCUACAUUUAGUGACAACACCUGUACAAUCCAUGAACUCAUCGUUCCAGCAGAGGUUUAGCUAAGCUUUCAGUUGUGUCAUUGGAUUCCAUCCUGCAAAUUAUUUGCAGAAACAUGGUUGAGAAGUGUGGAAUUUUUGAAGUUGUUUUUGAGCCUUAUAUGGCGUUAUCCAGCUUACUUCAGCAGUUUUUCAAUCCUUGUAUCUUAGUGCACAUUUCAAAAUAAGGAUGUAAAGCAGGAGUGUAAAGUAAUUCUUUUUUCUUUUCAACUGUCAAAAACUGUUGUCAUUUUCCACUAAAAAUAAAGAUAACACUGUAGCAUGAAAAGCA